AUGGCAGGGAAAACAUUUCUUCAAUCAUUCCUCUUGCUUUUAUUAUUCUUUGUGCUUGGAAUUCCUUGCUUUUCUCUGCCUUUAUCAACAAAUGGAAGAUGGAUAGUUGAUGCAACCACAGGCCAGCGAGUGAAGCUAGCUUGUGCCAAUUGGCCUUCCCAUGUGGAGACCAUGUUGGCUGAGGGUCUUGACAAGCAGCCUUUGCAGUUUAUCAUAGAACAAUUGACUACCAAAAAUCAUUUCAAUUGUGUCCGUUUCACUUGGGCAACUCACAUGUUCACACGCUAUGCUAAUCUUACUGUGAUGGAAUCUCUUGAUUCUCUAAACUUGACAAAUGCUAAAGCAGGAAUAGCCAAGAACAACCCUUAUGUAUUGAACCAGACCCUUGUUCAAGCCUUUGAAACUGUGAUUGAUCAGUUUGGAGCACAGGGUGUAAUGGCGGUGCUUGAUAACCAGGUCAGUCGACCAACCUGGUGUUGUGGCUUUGAAGAUGGCAAUGGUUUCUUCGGUGAUCCAGAUUUUGAUGCUAGCGAGUGGCUACGAGGUUUAACUCUGGUAGCUGAGCGCUUUAAAGGCAAAUCCCAGGUCGUAGCAAUAAGCACUCGGAACGAGCUGCGAGGUCCUCUUGCAAAUGAGGAUGACUGGUAUAAAUACAUCCUCCAAGGAGGAGAAACCAUUCACCAGGCAAAUCCUGAUGUUCUAAUAUUUGCUUCAGGGUUAGCUUAUGCUAGUGACCUCACUUUCUUGAAGAAAAAGCAUCUGCCGACCAACUUUGACAACAAGUUAGUGUACGAGGCACACUGGUACGCUUUCAGUUGGGGGGAAGGCAAAUCUUGGGGGAUGGAAAAGGUGAAUGACGCUUGUUAUAGCAAAACCCAAUACUUCAUUAACCAAACUGGUUUCGUUGUUCAUGAUGAGAAUCCAUUUCCUAUGUUUUUGGGGGAAUUCGGUUUAGAUCAAAGAGGUUUUAGCCUUGGUGAUGAACACUUCUACGCCUGCCUUUUGGCCUAUGUUGCUGAUGAAGACUUGGAUUGGGGAUUAUGGGCUUGGCAAGGAAGCUAUUAUUACCGUGAGAAUAAGACUGGUACAGAGGAGACAUAUGGGGUCAUGAAUUACAAUUGGAACCGCGUCAAAAAUCAAGAUUUCCAGAAGAGGAUGGAUCUUAUUAAGACCACGCUUCGAGACCCGACUUCAAGAUCGCCCACAACCUAUAUAAUGUUUCAUCCACAAAGUGGCAGCUGUAUCCAGACAGAAAACAAAGAUGGAAUAUAUGCAAGCAGUUGCAGAUCUCCUAGUCAUUGGGUUCAUGAGGGAGAUGGUACUCCCCUGUGGUUGAAUGGCACAAAACUAUGCCUUAAAGCAGUUGGUGAUGAACUUGAACCAAUUCUUUCUACAGACUGCACAAGCAAGCAAAGUACAUGGAGGUCUUUAACAAAGAGUAAGCUUCACUUGGCUGCCAUUGAUGAGAAGGGAAGAUAUAUGUGCUUGCAAAAGGAAUCCCGCUAUACCACCAAGAUACUGACUACCAAUUGUACAUUGACGCAUGAAAAUCCAGAAUGCGAGAGAGAUCCGCAGAAGGACCCAGUAACUCAAUGGUUUAAACUGGUUAGGACAAAUGUACUGUAGUUUGAGAUAGGGUAAAAGGUAGUCGGUGUUAUGAGUUGUGUUAUAUGGACCUAAUGUCCUAAAAUCAUUUAUUUAAUGAA